GGCUCUGUCCACCUCCCUUCUCUGUUACCGUUUUGUCUAUUCACGGCCUGUGACGUCAGAGGGAGGCGCGGAGGGAGAUACGGAAUCCAAGAGGGGCCAGGCGUCGCCGUCGCUCUGAAGGCAGAGGAGAGGCAAGAUGGUUUACAUCUCGAAUGGACAAGUGUUGGACAGCAGGAGUCAGUCCCCAUGGAGACUAUCUUUCAUAACAGAUUUCUUUUGGGGAAUAGCUGAGUUCGUGGUUUUGUUUUUCAGAACUCUGCUUCAACAAGAUGUGAAAAAGCGAAGAGGCUACGGAAGCUCAUCUGAUUCCAGAUAUGAUGAUGGAAGAGGGCCACCAGGAAACCCCCCCAGGAGAAGAAUGGGUCGAAUUAAUCAUCUGCAGGGCCCUAAUCCUCCUCCAAUGGCCGGUGGAUGAGGAAGGUAA